AUGCCUGGCUUGAGGCAAGCUCUGGCAUCCGACAACGAGCGGCCACAUUCCUUCGGGAGCGAGCUGGCAGCGACGCAAGCGCAAGCGGAGGACGGGUGUGCGGCUCUCUUCGUCGACCGACGGACGGACGAGGAGCUGCGGAUAUCUCGACAGAUCGGCGCGAUUGCUUGCCGAGUGUCGAUCUUCUUCGAACUAGAGGAAUUCUGA